AUGGCAAGACGACUACAUGAGACUGUACUUCCGACACCGCCGAAUGAAGAGAAUCACAUCUAUCCUACAGUAGAGCAGCUGCUGCGAGUUGAAACAGGAUCCAAGCAGGUCGAGGAAGGAAGUUGUUCGCUAGAUCAGUCAGCCACGAACUGGAAGAAAGAUAUCGAGGACGCUAUCGACGCAGAGACUGAUCAGUUGAUCGAGUUUUUAGAUGACUUUUCAACCGCUGCAAAGUCGUCCAUUCAAAAUUUGACUGGGAGCGAGCGCUGGGAUGGCUACGCGACUACAGCACCAGUCGCUGCUGUGAUAUCUGAAUUUCUGUCUUCGAGGCAAACCAAGAACGUCGCACUAGGUUCACCGACGUUCCCUUCUGUGGUCAGUGUGUUUGAUGAAGGAGAAGGUCCUUGCCUCGUGCUCAAUGGACUUUUGUCUCCACGCUUGACAUCACCCGCCCAUCCAUACUCCUUCAACAAGACUACAGGUUCAUCAUCAAAUUCGGCACCUAUGUCAGCGCACGCAGCGGGUACUGCGGCCAUCGUGGCUGCCUACGCUUGCUUACACUCCAUUCGACGCCAUCUUUUCGGCACAAUCGUUCUGGCAGCGAUAUCUGAUACCGAGGAAGGACAUUUGGGCACAUGUCGACACUUACUCCACACCGAUGAGAGAAGGUCACUCUGGAGAGGCGACUGCAUGAUCACCGCUGUCGCCACAUCCAACGCUAUCCAACCAACACCCUCUUCGCCAGAUUCAUUCUCCUCUAGACCCGCCACAAAAACUAUCGAUCCAGCAACGUUUGAUCUAGAAUCUUCAUGCUGGCAAAGAAACUUUCCGAUCAAGGAUUUUACACCUUCUCGAUUGUCUACGCCUUGUGCAACUCAUCCUGUCGCUACCUCACUAUCGAACAACGGCAAAAGGGUUCUGGGAAGAAGACCCAGUAUCCCUGACUUCCAGACCGGACGACGACUUGGCCAACACACUCGAUUCUGGACCGAUGUAGGAGUAUCGAGUUUCUGUCUUGGUGUUGGUGGUGUAGAAAAUAGCGAAGCAACAGCAGCAGCAUCGCCACCACCACAAAGUCCAGAUUUUGCAACGGACCAGGAUGUUGCGUGUGAUGAGAUGGUGGAUUCGGCAUUGCAAGAUGUGGAAAUGGGAGACGGGGCUGCAGAGGAAGUGGAUAGGAAACAGUGGAUUCAACUUGUUAAGGUGUUGGUGUUGACGGCGUGGGAUCAAGUGGGGUUGGAUGAGUAA